AUGCUUUGGUUUACGACUCUUUUUGCUACCUUGGUAGCUUUAACCUCAGCGAACUCUGAGUCUGAAAUGAUUGAAAAGUUGAGAGGUGAAUUCGAGAACUCCUCCAAUGAAUUGACCAAGUUGAUUCCCAAGUGCGAGGAGAAGUUUAAUGUCACCUCUACUUACCACUUUUCUCCUCUUGGCUUCGUUGGAAAGGUCAAUGAAGUCGAUGGAGAAGAUCCAGAGGAAUCUAGCAAGUUGGACCGGUUGAGAGACUUCAAGGACUGUGUGAAGGAGUACGCUGCUGUGAAGUUUUACGACUCCAAGGAAAAGUUCGAAAGAGUCCCAACUAUGGAGGAUAUCCGUGAGAGCUGGGAUCUUACUGCUGGAUUCGUGGUGAGACAACAUCUCAAUCUUGAAAAGAUGUGA